AUGAUGAACCAACAAAAUCAAGACACUGUUCUUGAAAUGAUUCCUACAGGGAAUUCUUGUAUAGCAUCACAAAAAAUUUUGUCAAUAACAAAUAAACAAUUAGAAACAAUAUUAGAACGAUUAACAAAAUUACAAAGUCCUUCUGUUAAUGUAUCGAAUGCGAUUGGAAAUCCAGGUCCUCUUGGUCUUGCUUCAUUUUCAUUACCAACAAUUAUGCUUUCAGUAUUUAAUGCUGGUUCAAAUUUAAUUGAUCCUCGUUUAGAACUCGUUGUGUUACCAGUUGCAUUUUUUUAUGGUGGUUUAACACAAUUUGUUGCUAGUAUGUGA